GGGAGGAUCUACACGGAUGCCGAUACCGUAUAAGGAUCUACGCGGAUAAUAUCCCGAUUCAAGAGGGCUCCAUGUUCCGGCAUGGUCUGUAGCGUCAGCGGAAUGAGGGGCCGGUGGCUUACUCGGGGUUAACCGCUCAGCUCAGGAACUUCCGAAACGAAAGUUAAUCUCUCUUUGGCUUGUGUGCUGCAUUAUCCGUUUCGGCACAUGCUCUCUGCGACCGUGUCUCAUAACCAGCCGAUGCUCUCUCUCAAGCUUCCGAACGAGGCUUUCCGACUAGUUCGACUGACUGGUGAAGAGAUGAACGCCGUCGCGGUACGCCAGCCGUAGACACUCGGAAAGACGCAUACGGGAGUCGGCAAUGACAUCGCACGCGAGCUCUGUAAGUGUACACACCCCGACCGGCUCCCAGGCCGGGUCAGAAGCCGCCGCGGCACCAGCCAAGAAGCGGCGCAUCAACUUCGCCUGCAACUACUGCCGCAAUCGCAAGACGCGCUGCGACGAACAGAAGCCCUCGUGCAGGGCCUGCAUCGUCGCCGGCAUCGAAUGCGUCACCACCGACCGCCGGAGACCCGGCGUCGAGGUCCAGCGGCGCGAGACCAAGCACCGCAGGUCGCGGGCCUCAACGUCGUCCCUGACCCAUUCGCUGGCGGCGGAUAAUGCUUCCCCCCGCUCCCCGCGAGGCACCGAGGUCGUCGAGUCGGCCGGUGCCUCGGCUGCGAGGUCGUCGCCGUGGGAGACCCGCCGCGACGACGGCGACAGAGGGCCCGCAAGGGAACCGGUAAGCAUCGUCCAUGAAGCCGAAGAGAACUCGUCGCAGCCGCCACCGGCCAAGUACCAGGGCAAGUUACCCGUCGUCCGAGCAGGCCGCGGCAGCAACUCGGUCGAGAUCCUGGGUGAUUGGUUGGAUCUCGCAGCCCGUCGGCUUGGCAUCCAACAGAGACGCGGCCUGCCGUCGAGCGCAACCAAGCCUCCGCCCAAUCGAAUCCGGUCCCUCCUUUCCUCCGAUCCCCUCCCGUUCCCACACAAAGAUGCUGCCCAUCAGCUCGCUUCGAGUUACCUCGACGGCGUGAACAUAGUCUAUCCUCUCGUGAACCGAGACCGAUUCCGCCAAGACCUCGACGCGGCGCUGGAGAACGGCCCGACAAGCUUUGCCGAAGCCCGGGGCGUGGCGGCCCUGUCAACGGUCUACCUGGUGUUGGCCGUCGGGUUCGCUUCCGAGGCCCUGUCAGAGCUGCCCCCGGUUGCGAGGGAUUAUCUAUCGUACUGCAAGACUCUCCUCGGCCAUCUCGUCGUCAACAACAGCGUCGACAAUGCGAGGGCGAUAGUGCUGCUGGCACUGUGCCUCCACGGCUACGACGACUGCGCCGCCGCCUGGAACACCCUCGGCGUCGGGGUGUCCAUGGCGGUGUCGCUGGGGCUGCACAAACCCCGAACCUGUCAGGGCUCUCGCCGCGACCGGCCAAACCAGAGAGACGACUUCGUCGACGAAGAAGAGAGGAGGAGGUUCUGGCUCGCCAUCUACGCGUUUGAAAAGCUCCUGGCCUUUGAGAUGGGCCGCCUCUCCACCAUCGACGACGAGGACUGCUACACCCCUCACGUCGCCAUGCCCGUCAGCAACAACGGCACGUCGUCGAGAGAGAAGGCGUUCUCUGUGACGGUAGACCUUGCCAGGAUCCUCAGCGAGAUUGGCCGCAAAGCAGUCAUCGUAAGCCGGAAGGAAGACGGAGUUCGCGACAGCGCCGUACAGGCCCUCAUUGCCGAGAAGGUACAGACGAUUGGAGAGACGCAAUUGUCGCUGACGAGAUGGGGCGAGUCGGUGCCCGAGGAACUGAGACCGAUAUCAGACAUGUUGAUUGGUUCGAAAGCAUGUCCCUUUGCAUCUUUCAUAUCCAUGCACUACAACAACGCGCUCAUCAUUCUCUCCCGCAACAGCCUCCUCAUCAGCGAAGAAGUUAUCACAAUCAGCGCCGACAUCAUUGCCAAAGGUAAGCCGUGGGACUACAUGCUGCGAAACGGCCAGUCCAUCGUUGCGAACUCGGCCCGCAAAGUCCUGAGGAUCUUCGUCGAAGCCGUGGACUGCAGGUCCAACACGAUAUUGCCAAACCUCCUGGCCCCGCUCCACGCGCUUUCAGCGCUGGCCUUGCAUGUCGUUACGCACCCAGGCUCCCGCAUCUCAACGAUGGAUCUUCAAUUGAUCCGAACUUGCUCCGACUCGUUGAGAGAGAUGUACGCCAGAAUCCGGGGUGACGAUAUGCUCAACCUCCUGGUCCAGAAGCUCGACGUACUCCUCCAAAGAGGAACACAGCCGCCGUCCGGAUCCGAUAGCCAACGCGUGAACACUAUAACCGCGUACACCCCGAGGUCGGAACCCGGCUCGUGGCAUCUUGCAGGAGAGACGCCAACCCAGCGAGCGGCGGAAGCGCCCUGGGCCGGCAGCGAAGAGAAGCGGCCUCGAGAAGACGGUCCCCACAUGCCCCAGCCCACGAUGUCCUUCUUCGGCCAGGGCCAGGGGCACGUUGCCGCCGGAAGCAACGAUGCGGGCUUCGACUCGUUCGGCGCGAUGCCAAUGGUCGGGGAUGAGUGGCCUCCGAGCCUUUCGGACGGAAUCGGCUGGGACUGGGCGUCCUUUUCCCAACUGUUGACGGAGCAGUAUCACCUGCGAGUUCCCCCAUAGUCGACGCGGCGGUUCAGAAACCUCCACACUGGGGCCGUUGCACGCUUUCAACGUUUUGUGGGUGUCUUUGCUUAUUGAGCGUUGUUGGGAAUGAGUGCUUGCAGAGAGUCUGCGAUACGUGAAUCAGACACGUCUGCCGCAAGUUUGCAUGAACGGACCAGGUGUCCUCCCAUGCGCAUAUUCCGCUCGGCGAAAGCGUUACGUCCCUCGCCGGCAAUCGUUGUGUCGGUCUACCGUUUAAUAUCGAAGUACAAAGCUGCGUGUAGCUAUCGACAGCAACUUGUCGGGCCAUGUCUUACGCGCCAAGGCAAAUGACACAAUUUGGUACAUAUAAUGAGCAGACGCCUAGACCCGCGAGUCACGUAUCGACGAGCGAGGAGUGAUACGCCAUGAAAUGGUAUAUUCGUUGUAAAUAUAUAUGAAGGAGACUAGUUUGAAUGGGCUCAGCUUCCAUACCUCCCCCCCCCCCCAAUCCACUCAAAAUUUCCU